AUGAGCCCUGUGCCAGUGCUGGCCCUCCUGGGGGUCACCGCCUUGCUACCCUGUGUACCGGCUCUGACCUGCCAACGGGUCGUAAUUGAGACCGUGAGGAACGCAUCAGGGAUGCCCAUUGAGUGGGAAAGCGGUAGGGAGACUUGCGAGGCCGGCGAGGGGUGCCAAGACUUGGUGUUGCUCCUGGAGAACGGACCCCAGCUAAACUUGAUCGUCGUCAAGGACUGCGUUAAGGCCGAGGACCAAGAGCCCCGGAUUACCUGGCUCAGGACGGGUCCUGGCCUCUCCAUCGUCUCCUACACCCACGUGUGCCGCCACAGGGACUUCUGCAACGACGCGUCCAGCACUAAGGUUCUUGGGGGCCGACGCACACCCACAGUCCCAGGGACCCUGCGCUGCCCACUCUGCCUUUCUAAAAGAGACUGUGAGAAUGCACCAGAACAAGUCUGCCCCGCUGGCAGCACACACUGCUACAGCGGAGUCCUCAGGCUCAGAGGAGGAGACAUCGCCACCAACCUCAGGGUGCAGGGCUGCAUGCCCCAGCUAGGAUGCAACCUGCUCAAUGGCACCAAAGAAAUUGGAACCUUGGAUACAAGUGAAGUCUGUGGUCCGCAGGCUCUGGACUGCAACAGCGUGGCUCUGGACACUGUACGGAAUGUAUCGGAUCUGCACCUGACCUGGACGACUGGCUGGAAGACCUGUGGGGCGGGCGAGGGAUGCUACGAAACAGUGACUAUGGUACAGAACGGACAGGAAUUUCACAUGGUUCUCACUAAGGGGUGCACUAGGGCUGUAAACCAAGAAGCUCGAGUCACCAGGCAUAGAACAGGCCCCGGAAUCUCCAUUACGUCCUACGUGCAUGUGUGCCGCCAGGAGGACUUCUGUAACAACCUGUCUACAACUGGAGCUUUUUGGAUCCCGCCCCCUGUCACAGUCGCAGGGACCCUGCGCUGCCCACACUGCCUCUCAACACGCGGCUGUGAGAGUGUGCCAGAACAGGUCUGCCCUGCAGGCAGCACACACUGCUACAACGGAGUCCUCAGGUUCAGGGGAGGAGGGAUCGUCUCCGAUCUGAAGGUACAGGGAUGCGUGUCCCAGUCAGACUGCAACCUGCUCAACGGCACACAGAAAAUCGGGUCCCUAGAUGUGAGCGAGGACUGCAGUCUUCAGAUUGAGCCCCUGAGAUGCCAGCACGGUACAUUGGAGACCAUACAGGAUGUGUCACAGCUGCCUCUCCGCUGGACAGCUGGCCAGAUAACCUGCGGUGUAGGUGAAGGCUGCCGAGACACGCUGAUGAUGGUCGAGAACGGAAAGCAGGUGAAAUUGAUUCUCACAAAGGGCUGUACCACCGCUAAGGACCAAGAGGCCAAGGUCACGGAGCACAGGACUGGCCCGGGGCUGUCUGUCACCUCCUACACCCGAGUGUGCCGCCUAGAAGACCUCUGCAACAGCCUGUCUACCACAGCCCCUCUCUGGGCUCUACCCCCUGUGACAGGCCCAGGGACCCUGCGCUGCCCAGUCUGCCUUUCUGCGCCUGCCUGUGAGACUGCACCGGAGCAGGUCUGCCCCGCAGGCAGCACACACUGCUACAGUGGAGUCCUCAGCCUCAGAGGAGGGGAGAUCACCUCCAACACGAAGGUGCAGGGGUGCAUGUCCCAGCCAGGCUGCAACCUGCUCAAUGGCACACAGAAAAUCGGACCCAUGGACGUGAGUGAGGACUGUAGUCCUCUACCAAGUGCGCUGACCUGUCACAGGGGGAUCAUGUUGAUGUUUGGCAGCCACUUCGCUGAGGAUGCUGUCGAGUGGAAUUCAUCCUACUCCCAGGUGUGUGAGCCUCAGGAGAUCUGUCAGGAGACGCUGCUGCUCAUAGACGUAGGACAAAAAUCGCUCCUAAUAGGGAGCAAAGGCUGCAGCCAUCCUCGGGCCCAGAGCAAUGCUGGGGUCUCCAUAUACUCCCGCCCCCCUGGAAUGCUGGUUGCUUCCUACACCCGCUUCUGUUCCACCAGCCUGUGUAAUGGAGCCAGCAGCAGCAGCGUCCUACUAAUCUCCCUCCCCCGUCCAGCCGUCCCUCCCCCCGGAGACCUGCGGUGUCCUGUGUGCGCGCAAAUAGGGUCCUGCUCUCCCAACACUGACUUUGUCACCUGCCCUCAGGGUACCACUCACUGUUAUAAAGGUGACCUUAGGCUCAGGGGAGGUGGACUGUCUUCCACGGUGAGCAUUCAGGGCUGCAUGGCCUCACCCACCAAAUCCUUACUGGGUGACUCCAAAUCCAUCGGGAUCUUCUCCGCAAACGAAGUCUCUGAGGAUGGAGAUGAGUACAGUGAUGAAAAUCAUGAGAACCCUCUCGAUGGAGGUGCGCUGACCUGUCACAAAGGAAUCACGUUGAAAUCAGGCAAUAACUUUCUUAAGACACCGAUUGAAUGGAAGCCAUUUGGGACCACACAGAGUGCACCUGGGGAGAUCUGUCAGGAGACACUUCUGCUCAUAGGCGUAGGUGUGUGA